AAGAAUAUUCGUUGUUCGAAUUAAUUAACUUUAACCGAAAAUGUCACUUGGUAGCUCACUGGUUUCUCUUGCUUCUACACCGUUUACUUGCUUAUGUAGAAGUUAUGCUGUGCAUUCAACUCAUAAAAUAGCUGCUCGUACCCUAUCUUUGUCAGCAGCUCAUUACUCAGAAGACAAUAAAGACUACAAGAUAAACCCUGAAUUCAUCAACAGAAAUGAUAGGUGCCUAGAGUAUAUGAAUGUUUCUCCCAGACGAAAAGGAUGGAGAUUUCAAAGACCUUCACGAAACUUUUAUUACAAACUGCAUAUUAAUCCUACCUCCAACAAAGUAGAGGUGUACCUAGAACAUUCGUCAGGGAGGAAGGUCGUCUAUGCUUCAUCUUCAGAGUGGGCCAUAAGGCAGUUUUUAUACAGUGCUAGAGAUGUGUCAGCAGCUGUCAAUACAGGUCGUGUGUUUGCCGAUCGCUGUCAGAAAGCCGGCAUUGUCAAUGUGUAUUAUGACCCAGUCUCAGAAGGUCAUGGAGGGGAUAAGGUAAAGGCAGUGCUGAAUGCUUUGGAGGAAUCUGGAAUUAAAAUUGGAGAAGAGGAGGUCAUUGAGGGAGAAUUUAAACCUGGAAUCAAAUACGACAGCAAAAACCGAAUCGGAGAGAAAAGACGACCACAUGACAUACAGAUUGUAUAAUCAUUUAUAUAUUAACAUGUGCUCUAUGUCAUUAAAUAAUAUUGUGAAAAAUAUAGGAAUUUAUAUCAGUGUUAUUUUUCUUGUGGUACAUGGCAAAGGUAUGUGUUUAGAGAAAAUCUAACAAAAGAACUAGGAAUUCUCCAUGAUAUGGAGUUCCCCAAUGACUAUGAAGCCAGAGAGGAUCAUUGGUUUCCUCUCCAUUUGUUUGUCCAUCAGUCUGUCUGUCAGUCAAUCUGUCCCACUAGCAAAAUAACUCUAUGCAUAGAAAUAGACUUUUCUUUCACCUUAUAAAAUUGUAUUUAUAUAUAAAUGAUAUACAUUUUAUAUUUUACUAUUGUAGUAAAUGGAUUAAAGUUGUGGUUCUUUU